AUGACGACAUCAACGAUCCGCAGCCAAGCACCAGCGGCCAAUAAAAUGUUUCGCACAUGUUUAUAUAUUUUGAUAUGUUUUGCAAUUGGGAAAAUGUUUCCUAUGAGCGGCCACAGGCCGCUGGGCCGAGUUGGAGAACACCGGGUGCCUGAAGCCGUUUCUGUGGUCCUGCGCCGUCUCCUGCGUUCCAGGAGCCGCCACCUGAUUCCCUACGCUAAGUGCGGCCCUCUGGCGGAACCGCGUCUGUGGCGAGGAGCGGGGUUCCAGCCUGCUGCGCUGACACGGCCCCUGGCGUUUUCCGUGCUGGCCCUGGGUCGCCCUCGACGCUGCUUCCCGCCGGGAGCCUCCUUCUCACGGCAGAAAGGAGCUUCACCUGGGGCGGCCGGCGGGGAACCGAGAAGAGCCCGCCGGGGAAGUGAACCGGGCUGGCUCCCAGGCCCGGCGCUGCGGCUCUGGGGCCGCCAGACCUCCUGCGGGUUGCGUUUCAUUCCUCGGUUUUCUAGACCCCAGUUUUGGGGUUGAAUCCUUGCUGUGGUUUUGUAAGAAUUAAAUGAUAAGGCGAACACCAAUCAUUGCUGCUUGCUGGGUGCUUCCUGUGGGCCUGGCAAUAUUAACGGCUUAACCCGAACUCGUUCCUGCAUUCAUUCGCUACUCGUGGGCCUUUCCUAUCAAUACUGCAAGGUGCUGGAGGGGCCCCCACCCUUUGGUCAGUAAAACUGCCAGGGUCACUGACCUUCUGAAGACGUUGAGGAUGAGAGGUUUGUUGGAGUCCGGAAGUGGAGACAGACUGAACAGUUAACUACAAAACACGUUUUAAAAUUACAACUUUGAGAGCCGAUAGCGGGAGACCCCUUUGGGGAGGGGUGGAGGUGGGGAAGAGGAGGAAAGGAAAGGCUUCCCUGAGGAGGUAACGCUGCAGCUGUGACCUGACAGAUGGGGCCGAACCAGCUGGACUCGAAUUGUGUUUCAGGCCUAGGGAAUAGCAUAAGGACUCAAGCUGUUUCCUUCCAGGUUGAGUCCCUAUGCUCAAACUGGUAUUUGGCACACACCAGUAGUGGAACGCCACUCAAUGCCUUAUUCUCUUCCCCUUCUCUCAGCUCUGUCCCCUCCACAUAGUAGGAAAAUGAAGCUGGUAACUAAUUUUGGCCCGAAUAGUCCUGUUAUUAUAUCUGUUAUACUCCACCAUGCGGGCUCUUCCUAACUCCUUUUGAUCAAAAUAGAUAUUUUUGAAAAUGUGAAGAAAGCAGUAUCGUAUCUUGUAUGGUUUCUCAUUGCCUUCUAAAUCAGAUAUAAACAACAAACUUGCUUGAGGUGUUCUCUGUCAAACCAAGGACCUACAUUUAAUUCCAGCUUACAGUCUGCUGCACCCUUUUGCUAUCUUCCUUAGUUGAUGUUGACUCCAUUAGGAACCCUGUAUUCAGCGUUGAAAGCAUUGCAUAUUCUGAAGCAAUUGUGUUCUUACUCAGCACAGGCAUUUCUGUUAUCCCAAGAAUCUCCCUACCUCCAGAACAUGUUUACUCCUUAAUCACUUCCUGAUAGUAGAGAAGACUACUAUUACUCUAAAUACUGUAGUUACAAUUAUUGAAUAUAGGCACGUUUUUGAAUUAGAAGAAUCCUAUCCCAAUCCAAGGUAUAAUUUGCUGAUCCCAUACUGAUUCCUUUUCUUCCCACUCCGUGUCCUUUCAUCUGCUAUUUUCGAGUCCAGAUGCCAGCCAGGCAUUUGAGAACCAUCUGAUGGUAACAGGACGGAGGCUGACUCAACUUCACUCCACCACCUGCCUUCCUGCCUUCAGGGAGAUUUUGUACAUAGCUUGUCCUUUAACUUCUGCUUGUUACUGUUCACAGCACUGUGAUUCUACUUUAAGCACAUUCAUAUUCAUUACUUUUUUUCCUCCUCUUUCCUGUUUAUGAUUACAAAGGUGCUUAACCUAUUUUAUUUCAGAACCAAAAAAGAGAUCGAAUUAUAAUGAUAACAUGAGUAUAGUAUUAUACUAAAGGAUACUAGUAAGACACUCAGUUCCUGCUUUGUUCCCAUAAUAUUUUGUGAAUAUGUCUAUGAUAGUAUUUAAUACAUUGCGUUAUGACUAGUUGGUUGUGUCAUUCUCCACUUAUUAAUUAGACUUCUUUGAGGAUAUUUAAAAAAUUUUUUUUCUUCAUUUGUUCUUGUACUUAGCUCAAUGCCUGGCAACAAAACAAAAAAA